AUGUCUCUGCACUACCUUCCCCCCGUCAAGCCUUCGGCCAUCGCCCUCGGCACCAUCUUCAACCAUGGCAUUGAGCUCGCAGUCAUGACCCCUCUGUUCGGCCAGACGUACCAGCGCGCCAAGGUUGCCAACACCAAGGAGGAGUUCAUCCAGUCCAAGGAGGCCACCUCCGCCGCCGUCGCCUGGGGCACUUCUCUCGUCGGCUCGGCUCUGCAGUCGUACGGAGUCGGCGCUCUGAUCAACGCCACCGGCACCCUGAGCUACAAGGGUGCUGCCUACCUCGGCAGUCUGAUCUUCAUGGCCACCUCUGCUCCUACCUACCUGAACCAGCUGCUCUCCGAGAAGCGCGCCGCCGAUACUGUCGCCGUCAGCGCCACGGCCAAGAUCUUCGAGACCGUCGGCCUGUCGAUGUUCCUCACCUGGUGGGGCACCCGCACCAACCCUUUCGAGUAA